CACCCGUGAGGAGAUGGGGAACAGGGGAAAUCAUAUGGUACUCGCUCGCAUGUAUAAGGUAUUUCAUAACUUUGCACUCUCCGGCAAGAUUGUAACCGCACUUGAAAAUUAAAUGUAAAAUGUGACAAAAGUUAAACCUUUGAUCCGUUUACUAUUGAAAGUGUGAGGUCGAACAAACGAAUCAAUGCAGAGUCAAAAACUGGCUCAUCCAGUCAAGAAAGUGGUCAGAAUCAAGUUUAUAGGUUAUUACGAAUCGUUUUGUUUUGUAUAAUCUAGAAGAAAAAUGUUUGCCAGAACUUGCUCGUUUUUUGCAAGUAGUUACUACAGGCACAUAAACACCACUGUGAAUAGAACUAUGUUUAAUAAAAUACCAACAGAAGAUCCGGAGAGGCGAAAGAAGAUAAGGACUACGUUGAAUUAUGUGACCGCUGUUGGAGUUUUGACUCUUGGACUGACAUACGCUGCAGUGCCUUUGUACAGAAUAUUUUGUCAGGCAUUUAGUUAUGGAGGUACUACAGGUCACGACACCUCCAUAGUGGCAGACAUGAAGCCAGUUAAGGAUAGAGUUUUGAGAAUAAAAUUCACCGCUGACACUGCUGCCCAAAUGGCCUGGAACUUCCAACCACAACAAAACGAGAUCAGGCUAGUGCCUGGAGAAACAGCUUUAGCAUUUUACACAGCUACAAAUCCGACCGAUGUCCCAAUAUGUGGAGUUUCUACGUAUAACAUAGUGCCCUUUGAGGCUGGACAAUAUUUCAAUAAAAUUCAAUGUUUCUGCUUUGAAGAACAAAUGCUUGCUCCACACGAACAAGUUGACAUGCCAGUAUUUUUCUUCAUUGACCCAGAGUUUAAUGAAGAUCCCAAGAUGGAGAUGGUGGAUGAACUAGUCCUGUCUUAUACAUUUUUCGAAGCUAAAGAAGGCACCAAGCUACCAAUACCAAGUUAUAUAAAGAAACUCCAUUAAUCAUAAAAAAAACGUGAUUGAAUUGUAUACAAUUGUUAAUUAGUUCAACAUCGCUUCUCAUUCUCUCGGAAUAGUAGCGAUUGGAGUCAGCUUCAUUGUAAAAUUUGACUUGCUUCUGGAACCAUUCAUUUGGUGUAAAUCUUGUACAAAGGGCUGAUGUUUGAGAAGAGUAAGGUGGAUUCCUAGGAAGACCUGUCACCAAGUUUGGAAACUUCAAUGGCUGCGUAGUCAUACUCGAGAGUGGGUCCACUGUGUAGCUCGAUAUAGCUUUUGAGGACCUAUGUGAAUAAUAAUGUUAUAUUUUUUUGUUGUAUUAAUACUACUAUUUUAGUAAAUAAAUUUUAGUAGUCUUUUAAAA